UACAUUCGUGAGUCAUUGAACUCCGGACUCAUCCACCCUUCCUCCUCGCCGGCCGGCGUGGGUUUCAACUUCGUACAGAAGAAGGACGGCUCCCUGCAUCCCUGUAUCGACUAUCGAGGUUGGAACAAAAUUACGGAACUCGACGCUGCGGUUCCCUCAGCUCUGGCCUUUGUCCGGUGAUGCCACCGGAUCUGGACGAAGGCCAGAGAGGUUUUGGCCCGAACCACGCUGAGAACCAAGGCAGCGGCGGACCGCCACCAGAUCUCUCCUCCCACCUACGUGUGUUGUCAACGGGUAUGGCUCUCCACCAAGGACCUGCCUCUCCGGGUGCCUUCUCGUAAGCUGGCACCCAGGUUCAUUGGGCGAUUCCGGAUCACCAAGGUGGUUAACCCAGUGGCCGUACGUCUCAAGCUUCCCCCCAACCUUGGUCGAGUCCACCCUGUAUUCCAUGUAUCCAUGGUCAAGCCGGCAGUCACCUCCCCUAUCAACCCAGCCAGUUCUCGGCCCACCCCCCCCGCGGCUGGUGGACGGUGUCCCAAUCUAUAUGGUAAGAAGACUCCUGGACAUCCGCCAUCGCGGCCGGGGCGUUCAGUAUUUGGUGGACUGGGAGGGCUAUGGCGCAGAAGAAAGGUCGUGGAUUCCCUCGCGGGACGUGCUGGACCGGUCGCUGAUCGUGGACUUCCACCGGAGACGAGCAGCUUGCAUCGGCGCUCCGGUCAGUGGUCAUCUCAACGAGAGGACUUCUUGUGGGUGGACUCUCCAGCUACUCCUUCAGGCGCAGCUUUUCCCCUCUCUGUCUACGCGGACUCCGAGUCGAGUGAGGUCACCAGGCGCUACCACCCAACUCUCAGCACCGGCAGCCUUUCCUCGACUCUCCGCGCUGACUUUUGGCUCCUCCGGAGGGAAACGCUUGCAACCUGUUUUGUUGUUACAUUUCUCCCUGUCUUCGUCAGUAUGAAACUCCUCAAGCAUCCUUCUGGCAAAGAUCAUGGGAUAUUUCAGAAGAGCAAGAAACAUGAGAGGAUUACAUUCAUGCUUUGGAUCUUUAGUGUCCAGUGGCAAGAGGCUCUUUCUUGUUUGUGCAUAUCUAAGCGGAUCUCCUUUGAAGCUGCCGCCUGCUUCAUCUUCACCAAGAUUUUCAGCUGAAGUUUGCUCACCUCAUUUUGCAUGUGUGUCUCAUUGUCCACUGAAUUCCAAGUGGCUUUUGUUGUGUUGUCUCUCUGAUGCAUCUGUAAGAAGAAGAAGUUUUUUUACUAUAUUUAGCUUUUGGAACAUUAGGUCUUCAUUUUUGUCAUGCUGUAUUUAAGCAUUUGUAAAAAAGAUAAGAAAAUUUAAGCAUUUUAGAAACGUGUUAAUCGACUGAAUAUUGUGUGAAAACAACAUGAACUGCAUUAAUGGUAUGGUCACAACAGACCGAUGUUGUGCAAAUUGUGUUUAGAGUUUUGAAAAUGUGACUACAGAUUGGUAUUGGUAGAAGGGAUAUUGGCAAUUGAAAAAAACUGUAAUCAACAUGUAAUAACAUAAAUAAUAAACAAUGACUGACACAUUUCUGUUGUUUGUGUAAAGACACAUUAGUCAAUUCUCUGAUCAUGAAUUUCAAGUCUCACCUUAUCUUUGACCCAUUCAAAUAUGUCAUACUUACAAUCUGUUGGUCUGUUAUCAUCAUGAGCGACUGGAUACCCCCCAAAAAGAAAGAAACAUAUUAUUAUUUUUAUAAUUUUUUCCUGUCCACAAGUACAAACUGCUAAGAUUGUGUAUUUUGUCACUCUGCAACAGUGAAAUAAAUGUGAUAUGCAUAAAUGUACUUUAGUCAUCUUCAGUUGUUUGUAUCCUGUUUGUUUCCAGAUAUUUUAAGCUUUUGACCCAGUUUCACAGAAGAGGCUUAAGUGUCACGGUCCCACCGUCUUGUUUAUGAAAUUCUAGUCGUGUGGUGGGAUCGGGGCAGAGUCCUUGGGUUUUAUGUGGGAAGGCCAUGAGAUGUUUAUGUUUUUACCUCUCAUGUGUUUUUCCAGUGUCUCGUCUCUGUUCCCGCCAUCUCGUUUCCUCGUUAUCCUUCCCUAAGUGUUUGAUUACCCACACCUGCCCCGUGUCGUUAUCCCUCGUUUGUCUUCCCUUUAAAUACCCUCUUGUUUCUUUGUCUUGUGCUUGUGGAUUGUACUGUGUUCCGUGUAUGUGCGUGUACUGCAUUGUGUUUGUGUUGAUGCUCGUGCUCGUGUUGUCACCCGUGUUCCUGUUCCUUGGCCUGUACGUGUUUUGUGAGUUUUUGCCUUGUAUUAUUUAAGACGUUUGGUCGUGUCUUUGAGUUAGUUUAUUUGUCUUGUUUUCAUUUUUGCCCCCUCGUGGGAAGUCUCUUGUUUUAUAUAUAUAUAUAUAUAUAUCAGUUUCGUUUUCCCCAUUGUGGGUGUUUUUGUUUGUUUUGUAAAAUAAAAGUAUCUGUUAACCCUUUCACUGCCUGCCUGCGCUUGGGUUCUUCAGCCACGAGAAUCAUGACAGAAUCCAUGAGCCACGACUGAGCCCAGCAGGCAGCUCUGUGGACAUGGGGAGCCGGGCUAGGGAGACCCACCGCCUCCUUUCCCUCCGCCAGGGAGACACUAACAUCUGGGUGUUCGCCAAUCAGUUCCUGGAUGUAACAGAGCGAGGCUGCUUUGGGGAGGAGGAGCUCAAGGUGAUGUUCAAUGGCUGUCUUGCGGAACCACUCUCCCGGUCGGAGAUGCGGAUGCUGAGACCCCUGGGUUUUGGGAAUCUCGUAUGUUACGCUAACAAUCGGGAUCCGCCAGGGGCCUCAGCACGUCUUGCCUCUCCGACCCGUCUG